AUGGCAACACACAUGUCAUCGAAUGAUGAACUCAAACGCUUGCACAGGGAGAGAGGCGAUUGCAAGAGAACACUCACACUUCUUCAGAAGAUGCUACCAACGACAAGUAUCACUGAAUCGCUCUCUCAAACACUCACGAAUGAAGUCUAUGCAAUUCAAAUGAAGUUCGAAAAGAUCCAUCAUCAACUUUUGGAUGCCACAGAAGAUGAUGAGGAACAGUCACUGAAGGAAGAAAAGGAAGCUGAUGCUUUUCUUGAGCGAUGUCUAGACAUGAAGCUUCAACUUGGGGCUCUUGUCGAACAAAGCAGGUCUCAUACCACGGGGUCUGGUCAAACUCUUGACACGAAUGACAUGGCAACUGUUCUCACGAAUCAGACAGACAUCCUGAGGAAAAUGAUGGAAAUGCAAAGAGGUUCACCGUCUUCCGGGAAUCAAUCUCGCACAAAGCUUCCGCAUUUGGAUCUUCCAAGGUUUGAUGGUCAGUAUACGGAUUGGCUGAACUUCCGAGAUGCCUUUGAAAGCACUAUCCACAACAAUGAAGACCUUAAGCCAUAUCAGAAAAUGCAGUACUUGAAAAUGGCACUUAAGGGCAGUGCAGCAGAAGACAUAGGUAAUGUUCAGAUUUGUGACGCCAAUUACGAGCCCACAUGGACCAGAUUGAAGGAAAAUUAUGAGAAGAAGAUUAAUCUGGUCGAAUCAUUCAUUGAUCAAUUUAUGGCUCAGUCUAAGAAGAAAGUGGAUAGUUUCACUGACCUUCAAAAUGCUGCAAGGAAAUAUCGUCAGAUAUUUGACAGCUUGAAUGCUAUGGGAGAUGACUGUAUGAAGCUCGAUGUAUGGUUGAUCUACCUCAUGAAGCUCAAUAUGAGUGAGCAAUUUCGCACAAAAUGGGAGGAAGGUAGAGAUACGGAGAAGAUGCCAGACAUUGAGGAUUUCUUUAGUUUUCUGAAAAGGACUACUGAUAUCAUGCAGCGAGCAAAUCCUGGAUCAAUUACAAAGAGUUCCUCUAAAACUGAAGACAAGGGCUUUGUCAAAUCCAACAAGGGAGGAAUUAAAUCUCACCACACUGAAGUUCAGAAGGAUCUAAUGUGUGCCCAAUGCGGAGAAUCUCAUGUGCUCUACAUGUGUGACAGUUUCAAGAUGCUGUCAAUCGACGACAGGAGGAAAUUGGUGAACAAAUCCCUCCUCUGCUUCAACUGUCUUAGGGGGAAGCAUUCCUCUAAGAAAUGCCAAUCACAAUCACGGUGCCGUUACUGCGGUCAGGCACAUCACAGUUUGCUCCAUCUUGGAUCGCAAACAGGGCAGUUUGGAAACCAACCUUCAUCUCAACACAAUCCAAAGGCUGUCCAGACUUCUGGUCAGACACAAGUUGUACAGAACUCUGUACAAGAACCACAACUGAAGCUUCAGGAUUCUACAACGGUUCCUGACACUUCUCAAGUCUCUACAAAGUCCAUGGUAACUACACAUCACUCAUCGGUGCUCCAGCGUGCCCUUCUUCCCACUGCCUUGGUUCAUAUCAAAGAUGUCAGUGGAGAAGAUCAAGUCUGUCGUAUCCUGAUCGACGGAGGAGGAGAGUGUACCAUGGUUUCCGAGGAGUGUGCUCAACGACUCGGACUUCCGAGAAGGAAUGCUAGGAUUCCUGUGACAGGAGCAGGAGAAGUGACAGUUGGAUACACGAAGGGAAUUGUUCAACUGAACAUUUCAUCACUACACGACAAAGUACGUAAGAUCCAGGCGGAUGCUUAUGUCAUGCACAAGGUCACUUCGCUCUUGCCACCCGUGUCUUUGUCUCAUAAGGCAUGGUCUCAUGUCGACUCACUGAUGCUUGCUGACCCAACUUUCAAGACCCCGGGGAAGAUAGACGUGAUUCUCGGUGCCGAGUACGCUCAUGAAGUCAAUCUUCCACACAUUUUGAAAGGCAAGGAGGACGAGCCCAUCGCGCAAUUGACUAUAUUCGGAUGGAUCGUUGCAGGAAAGGUUGAAGGUCAGCCUCAAAAGAUAACCUCUCUACACACUCAAUGCAAUCUAGACGAGACUCUCAAGCGCUUUUGGGAGACUGAAAACGUUCCUCGUGAGAGGAAGAAACUUUACACUGACGAGGAGAAGCAUGCUGAGGAGCAUUUCUCCAAAACUCACUCACGUGACGAGACGGGACGUUAUGUGGUAAGACUGGCGUUCAAAGACAAGCAUGACGCUCUGGGUGACUCAUCAUCGGCAGCAAUGGCGCGACUCUAUGCUAUGGAGCGACGAUUUGCACGCAACCCUCAAUUUCACACAGACUACAAGAAGUUUAUGGAUGAGUAUAAAGACCUGGGUCACAUGGAAGAAGUUCCUCCCGAGGAACUUAUCAAGCCUGACGCCGAGAAGUACAUCUUACCACAUCAAGCAGUUUUGAGGCCUAGCAGCGAGACAACGAAGCUCAGAGUUGUGUUUGAUGCUUCGGCAUCUACCCGUCCUCGGAAUCCAUCUCUCAACGACAUCCUUGCGGUCGGCCCAAUACUACAAGAUGAUCUACUGUCCAUACUGCUGAGAUUCAGAACCUACGAAGUGGCAUUUUCUGCUGACGUGGAGAAAAUGUAUCGGCAGAUCUCAGUGGCCCCCGAGGAUAGAGACUAUCAGCGCAUACUAUGGCGCAAUGACAACUCCCAGCAAGUGAAGACAUUCCGUUUGUCUACUGUGACGUACGGAACCUCUAGCGCUCCAUACCUAGCUACCAAGGUGCUUCAACAGAUGGCGCACGAUUAUUCAGAUGAGUUUCCGGAAGCUUCCAAGGCCAUCUUGAAUAGCUUCUACAUGGAUGACCUUCUCUGUGGUGCCUCUAACAUGGAAGAGGCCCGAAAGCUUCGCCAGGACAUCCAAGAGGUUCUACAGCGAGGAAUGUUCUCUCUCCGGAAGUGGUCUUCCAAUUCUAGUGGGCUGUUAGAGGAACUUCCACCUGACAUGCAAGCAUUGUCUCCUGAAGAGGUCAAAGGACAAUCGAAGACAAUCACCGCCCUAGGGCUAAGAUGGUCUCCAGGAUCUGAUGAGUUCUCUCUCAUCAUUGAGACUCUAUCCAAGGUCACCACCAAGAGGGAAUUUUGCGCAGCCACGGCAAAGAUUUUCGACCCAUUAGGCUUCAUUUCACCGGUGACAGUGAAACUGAAGUCCAUGUUCCAGUCGCUAUGGCUCACAGGAAUCGGAUGGGAUGAUCCAAUCCCGCAGGAUUUGUCUGAUGAGUAUCAGAAGAUGCUUUUCCAGUUUGGUUGCCUGAAGGAUGUGAGCAUCAACCGAUGCCUACCCUCCACUGAUGGUGUCAUCGAGCUCCAUGGGUUUUCGGAUGCUUCCGAGAAGGCCUAUGGUAGUGUCAUUUACGCGAGAGGUCAAGACGCUCAUGGGAAUAUUAUGACAAGCAUUCUCAUCGCAAAAUCUCGAGUGGCUCCCGUGAAAUGUGUCUCAAUUCCACGUUUAGAAUUGAACGGCUGUCUUCUUCUAGCGGAACUCAUGGAAAAGGUGAAGGCAGCAAUUCCCAACAAAGAUGUCAAGAUGUAUGCGUGGACUGAUUCCAUGGUAGCUCUCCAGUGGAUCCAGGACAUGCCACGGAAGUGGAAUACAUACGUGGCUAAUCGUGCAGCUCUAAUCCAGGAGAUUACACCACCAAGUAUCUGGCGCCACGUACCCACUUCAGACAACCCCGCGGAUUGCGUAUCCCGGGGAAUCUCACCCGAAGAACUCAUGGCUCAUCAACUUUGGUGGCACGGACCUCAGUGGCUUCUGAGGGAAGAGGAAAACUGGCCAGCUAAUCCAGUGAAGAAGUGUAUCACGAAUGAGGAAAAAUCAUCUAAAGUGAAAGUGUUUGUGACCCAAGAAGAAAAUGACACAAGUGUUAUUGGUCAGCUGAUUGCCAAAAACUCUAAUUACUUAACCACGAUUCGCGAGUUUUCUUAUGUGCUUAGGUUUAUUCACAAUUGUUUUGCAAAAGAGAAUGACAGAUUGACUGGAUUUCUCUCAGUGAGUGAACAAAAUCAGGCUCUGAAUCGUAUUUGGGCUGAUAUCCAACAAAAGUGUUUUCCUGAAGAAUACAAGUGCUGUGUCAGUGGAAAAAGUGUACCAAAGUCGAGCAAACUGCGAAAGCUAGUACCCUUCUUGGAUGACAACGGUGUUAUGAGGGUUAAAGGGCGUCUACAGAAUGCAGAUGUGACAGAUGAAGCGCGCCAUCCAAUCAUUCUACCCUCUCAACACAAGUUUGUCCAGGAUUUAGUGAGAUUCACGCACGAGAUGUAUCUCCAUACAGGUGCAACUCAUACCCAGUGUAUUCUUCGUGCGAAGUAUUGGAUCAUUGGGAUGCGAUCUCUCGUCAAGGGAAUCGUCAGGAAGUGCGUGAGGUGUACAAGAAUCCGACCAAAAUUGGAAACCCCCUUCAUGGGAGAUUUACCUGCAGUCCGGGUGCAGCGAAAUAGACCAUUUUACAACACCGGCUGCGACUUUGCGGGUCCAUUCCAGUUUCGAUCGUCUUAUCUCCGGAAGUCAGUGAUAACAAAAGGCUACCUGUGCAUCUUUAUCUGCAUGGUCACGAAAUCAGUACACCUAGAGGCUGUCACGGAUUUGAGUACUGAGAAAUUCAUCGCAAGUCUUAGACGUUUCACCGCCCGCCGUGGUCAAUGUGGCACUCUCUAUUGUGACAAUGCCACAAAUUUCGUGGGAGCGACAGGAGCCAGCCGAGACGAGAGAAUCAGGGGAAUUCGAGAUCAUAACCACAAAGUAGUCAAGUUCAUGUCGUCCCUUGGGACUCAAUUUCACUACAUCCCCGCUUAUUCCCCCACCUUCGGAGGAUUAUGGGAGCGUGGUGUUGGCAGUGUCAAGAGCCACAUCAAGAAGGUCAUCGGAGACACUCCACUGACGUAUGAGGAAUUCUCAACUGUGCUCGCACAGAUUGAGGCAUGUAUCAACUCCCGGCCUCUGUGUGCCAUGUCCUCAGAAGUUGAUGAUCUUCAGCCACUCACGCCAGCGCAUUUUCUAGUGGGUCAUCCACUGACUUUGCCACCUGGACCUGAACUCAUGGACAUGAACCCAAACAGACUGUCACGAUGGAAUCUCCUUCAGAGAUUUGUCCAACACUUCUGGCGUCGUUGGCACCAGGAGUACAUCACGACACUACAGAAUCGACCAAAGUGGUGCACUAGCACGAAGAAUCUUGAGAUUGGAGAUCUGGUGUUGGUGCGUGAACCGAACAUGAGACUUUCAUCAUGGAAGAUGGCACGGGUCAUAGCAACUCAUCCAGGAAGGGACAAUGUUGUGCGAGUCGUGACCAUCAAGACGCAGGAAGGAAUGCAGAAGAGGGCUGUGAACACCCUAGCCAAACUUCCAGUGGAUUCUUCUGUUGAGGAUUCCCUCAACCCGGGGAAUAUGUGA